AUGGAGAGGAAGAGAGCUGUUGAGGAGAUACAAGAAACGUCCGAACAUGGACAUAACUCCGAGCUCACUGUCCGACAGACACAGAUAGAAAUGGCGACAACUCAUGAUCAGACGCCAAUCUGGGAAGAAAUCGACCGCGCCGAAAAUUAUCUCGUUUGCUGUAUGUUCGAUGAGGCGGCGGCUCUAGCGUCCUCUGUUAUCAAGCGAUUGCUUCGAACUUUGAACAGCAGCAAGGGCUGCGAGGGUUCGGAGGAUUUUGAAAACGAUUGGGAUGAUCCGUCGGAAUCAGCUGGGAUGAUUUUUGUGCAAUCCUUGAAACAAUCGCGAAGGACCUCAGAAAUGUGGGAGGAGCUCAAAUUGGUGUUUGGCUCAGUAAAUGCCAUACCUGUUCGAGUUAUCGUCACCGGGGUGUGUUUGCAAAUGUCAGAGAGCCUUUCGACUACAGCUCAAGGCUUUCUUGAAGAAUUUCUAGACAAUUGGUUGUAUGUGGGUGACCGUUAUUAUCCUCGCUCGGUUUCUGUGGGUAGUGCAUCCGACACUGAAAGAUCUUCCCUUAUGUUUCACAUUGGAGUUCAUGAGUAUUUCGAAGUUGUUGAGCUCUAUGUUAUAACACUUCUUGCUAAAACUUUAAAUGACAUGGAUCUUGCUAUAUCUUGGGUGGAGAAAGCCAUGUUGCCUAUUGAGAAGCGUCAGGAGCUUUUAAGGCAAUUAGAGUCCAUAAAUUCUUCGGUCACCAGUUCAUCCCAAAAGUCUAUAUCAACUCAGCUUUCGGAUCAGUUAUUCUCUGAAGACCAAGAACAGUAUAAUGAACAACAACAGCAAAAUAUUGAAUCUAAAUACCUUUCCUCCAGGACGAAUAUUACAGCAAAAGAUGAAAUUCAGAAGCUUUCUCGACAAAGAGCUCCACGCUUUUGGUGGUCUCGUAGCAUCCGGUUAAAAGUAGGCAACACAGAAUUAGUUGUAUCGAAUGGGAAGUUGCUGAUGACUUCUCUUCUGUUGCUUAUGUACUAUUUCACAAGGAAAAAACAGGCUGCCUUGAAGAGGUUUUUUGUUGAGAAAGUCGGGUCCGUAAAGAAGGCUUUGACGGACUUGUGGCAACUCGCGUUUUCGUAUCAAGUGAACCCUCUGGCUGCUGUUCAGACACUGCCUACCCCAACGCGUGGAAACCACUGAUAAGCACUUUUUGGUCGUUUAUAAGGCCAUUAAGAAUUGAAUUUGGAGUUUCAAAUCCUUGUACAUUUUCUGGGCCUUGAUGCCAUAAUUAAGGUUAACUUGAAUAUCCAUAUUACCUGUUAGAUAUUCAUUAUUGCAUAUAUGUUAAAAUUCUCAUAUGAAUACGAAAAUGGCCCGUCACAUAUUUAUUUUUAUUUAUGGCAUACAAGUAUACUUUCUAUGAAGAAUAUGAAAACGUCAG